CGGCUGGGAGAAGGAGCGCGCUGCCGAGCCGAGUGGCCGCGGUGGAGGGACGGGGGAGCGCGGCGGCGGCGACGACGACGGGGAUGGGCUGGCGCGACUAGCGGCUUGCUCCGGCUCGGGUUUCCUCUCGCCAUGUAACGCAGGCUCCGGGCGCUGCUCUCCCGCCUUGCCCUGUCCGCCGGAGUCCGUCCCGGAGCAGCCCGGCGGGGACCAUGCGGAGAGCCCAGGCGCCCGGGCUUGUGCUCGCGCCGCCGCCGCCCUCCUCGCUCCUGCUCUUGCUGGGGCUGCUGGUCCUGGACCGGGGCUGCGCGGCGCAGCAGUACUCGAGCGACCUGUGCAGCUGGAAGGGGAGCGGAUUAACGCACGAGUCUCACAAAAAAGAUGUGGAACAGGUCUACCUCCGCUGUUCUGAAGGAUCCAUAGAAUGGAUGUAUCCGACGGGAGCGCUGAUAGUCAAUCUACGACCCAAUAUUGUAUCUUCAUCUCCCAAACAUUGGACUGUUUGCAUAAAGCCUUUCAAGGACUCUGCAGGAGCAAAUAUUUAUUUGGAAAAAACUGGAGAACUGAAACUGCUGGUUGGAGAUGGAGAUCACAGCCCGACCAGAAUACAUUGCUUCAGCUAUGAUGAGGGUGGGCUCUUUGUCGAGGCAACCCCUCAGCUGGACAUUAGUCGGAAGAUUACGGGCUUCCAGUAUGAACUCAUAAACAAGGGGACGGAAUCUGAUUUGCACACAAUUUCUGCUCCCUGCCGACCUUGCAGUGACACGGAAGUGCUCUUGGCUGUCUGCACCAGUGACUUUGUUGUCAAAGGUACUAUCCAAAAUGUUAUCAACGAGGAAGAGCAGCAAGACUCUGUCAUCGAUGUGAACGUGAAUAAAAUCUACAGGCAGAAGAUGAAGAUCUUUAAGCCUGCAGAGGAGAGCAGCGGGUGGCGAGGACAGAUCAAGACCCUGCUCCAGUGUGGAGUGAGACCAGGAGAAGGAGAAUUCCUCUUCACGGGCCGCAUGCACUUUGGAGAGGCCAGGUUAGGCUGUGCCCCUCGUUUCAAAGACUUCCAAAGGAUGUAUAAAGAGGCUGAGGACAAAGGGCUAAAUCCAUGUGAAAUUGGCACAGAUUGAAACGCCGUUGUUCAAUUGUAGGUCAAUCUUGGGGCUCAGCCAGCUAAUUCUUAGUUGCUUCAGACAGUGUGCUGAUCUAAAAUGGAACUAAUAACUGAAACCAGAGCAAACCAGAAAGUGGAACGCUCUCCAUUUGGAGGCCUGUAAGAGGAGACUGGAUGAACGUUGGUCAAGAAGGGCUUACACCUAAGGAUUCCUGCUACUGCAGGAGCCUGGACUUAGCGUCCAUUGAGGUACCUUCGAACUCUACGAGCUUACAGAUACAAGAACCACACAAGCCAAUCCUUGUGGCUGUUAAUAGUCUCAUGAAAAUGACUGAGGUACGAGUCAAAGUGUCCAUGUUUGUAAUGCAAUCCCACAUCUUGUCUUUGUGAACUAAAUUAUUUUGGUAACUUCCUGCUGGGAGAAACCUCCCCCCAAAAAGAAGUGCAUCACAAUCUCCAUGUCUUAAAAAACACCAGUCAACAGAUGAACUUUGUAUCUUUGUAAUACUAAUGUUUUAAAAUGUGUUAAGCAGAUGUAGCAUUGUUUGCAUGGUAUUAAAUGGACAACAGCCUGGUAGAAGCUGGUGAAGCCAUCUGAUGUUUUGUAAAAAAAAAAAAAAGCUUGGUGUAUAAUUUUUUAAAAAAUUGUUUCUUAUGGCAAAAGUUUUUAUGAACCAAACACUUGCUUUCUUUAAAAAAAAUGAUAAGAGAAUGUACAAUGGUCACCUACAGUUUUUUUGUUCAGACUGGUGAAUUGUUUCCAUUCCAGAGAAAUAAAAAAUUCCUGGAUUUGAGUCUAAA